AUGUUUAUUUUUGUGCUAUUAUUUGGUGGAGUUGCCCUUUGGCAAGCGGGAACAGUGAUUUAUCAUCUUUGGUUCUCAUCACUUGCAAAGAUUCCAGGCUCAAAGUUGGCAGCAAGCACUCUGCUCUACGAAUUUUAUUAUGAAGUCAUAUGCAGUGGAAAAUAUACACGACAGAUCGAAAGAAUGCAUGAAAAAUAUGGACCAAUUGUGCGCAUUAGUCCAUAUGAAGUGCAUAUUAAAGAUGCUGAUUUUUGCGUGGAAGCAUUUUCUUCAGUCAAAAAACUAGACAAAUAUGGCUGGUGGUAUAGAGUGUUUGGUGGACCUGGCGCCACGGUCAGUACCGAACAUCACGAUGUGCACAAGAGCCGACGGGCAACGUUCAAGAACUUCCUAUCUCCAGUUGUUGUUAGAGACUUCGUACCAACUAUCGUUGAGAAAGUGAAGCAAGCCGGCCUCAUCAUGAGCCAUCACGCUCACAUGGGAAAGCCGCUAUGCAUGUCAAAUUUAUAUCGGUGCAUAGCAGCGGAUACGGUGUCUGCAUAUGCUUUGCCGGCUUCGCUAAACAUGCUUGACUCUGACGAUUUAGGUGAAGAGUUUCAGUCUGGCUUGAGAUUAUUUUUUGAAGCAGCCACUACUAUGCGAUUUCUUGGAUUUCUCCAGCCUUUGAUGAUGAUGAUGCCCGAUCUGAUAUUCAAGCGAUUGUUGACUGGCCCUGCAAGGUCAUUAAUAAAACUUAUCAGAACCAUCCAGAAGCCAGCUGACAUUGAAAAAUCACGGCCAUGUCUGCUUGAUCGUAUCAAGACCAACAACUACAGGGAAAAUGGAGACUUUCGCGAACGCUUGCUUCAAGAAGCAGAGCAAUUCAUUGUUGCUGGUACCGAGACGACUGGCUACGCAUUAUCCGUCACUACCUUUUAUAUCCUUCAAAAUGCGGAUAUUCAAAAGAUGCUACGCCAAGAGCUUAUCGACGCAGAGAUCAGCCUAAACGACGAUAUUGACAUCAUAUCACUUCAAAAUUUGUCCUACUUGUCUGCUGUUAUUACUGAAGGGCUCCGAUUCGCUCAUGGCGUGGGCUCAAGGCUGCCCAGAGUAAACAAGUCCAGCGACGUACAGUACCACCAAUGGCGGAUACCUGCCGGUGUGCCGAUAAGCAUGACAUCAAGGCUUCACCAUGAAGAUCCGCAGCUUUUCCCGGAACCGCUUACUUUUCGCCCGGAUCGAUGGCUUCAGCCAGACAGCAAACGACUGAGAAAAUAUCUCAGUCCAUUUGGCCUUGGCUCAAGAAUAUGUCCUGGAAUGCACUUAGCGUUCUAUGAAAUAUAUAUUGCAAUUGCAUAUAUAUUCACCCAUUUUGAUGUGGACAAUAAUGGCACAACAAAAGAUGAUCUUAUUUCUGCUCACGAUUUGGGGGCACCAUUUCCUAAACGAGAUUCCAAGGGGCUCCAAGUGACUCUGCAGCUUAGAUGA